UCCAUGGAUUUGCUGGGCGGUUGUGAGACAGGAUGCUGCCCGCGCUCGGUGUGCUGCUCAGCCUGCGCAGGGCUCAGCUCCUUCCGGGCUGGGGGGCUGCCGGGGCCCCGAAAACUUGGGGAGGGACGCAGUGUGCGCCCUUGUCCUCCUGUCCCAGCCGCCCGAGAGAGCCGGGCCUCGGAGGCAGUGGGGCGACCGGAGGGCCUGGGGGUCGGCGCAGGCAGAAUGGUCCAGGAGAGAAGGCGAGGGGCUCUGGCUCUGCCCAGGAAUAGCUGGCUGGGUCGAGUGAUGCUCUGGUGCAACUUCUUUCACUGCUGCCUCUUCUGCCGGGGAUGGUGGGCGUUGCUCUUCCUCCAGUUCCACAUGUUGCAAGUGCUGGCACAAGAUGACGUCGCACCCUAUUUCAAGACGGAGCCGGGUCUGCCCCAGAUUCAUCUUGAAGGGAACCGUCUCGUGCUGACAUGCCUGGCAGAAGGAAGCUGGCCUUUGGAAUUUAAGUGGCUGCAUAAUGACGUCGAAGUGACUGCCUUCUCCAGCAAAUACAAAUAUGUCAUCCCUUCCUUGCGAAGAUCUGAUGCUGGCUUUUAUCAGUGUGUGGUGAGGAACAGAAUGGGGGCACUUUUGCAAAGAAAAUCAGAAGUCCAAGUUGCAUACAUGGGGGAUUUCCUGGACGUCGACCAGAGGGCAACGGUGCCUCAAGGGCAAGCCGCCAUCCUAAGCUUCCCACAAAUCUCUAGCUACCCGCAACCGCAAGUGACUUGGUUUAGAGAUGGCCACAAGAUCAUCCCAAGCAGCAGAAUUGCCAUCACUCUAGAGAAUCAGCUGGUCAUCCUUGCAACGUCGAUGGCGGAUGGAGGAUCGUACUAUGUUCAGGCAGUCAACGAAAGAAAUGGAGAGAACAAGACAAGCCCGUUUAUUUAUCUGAGUGUGACGAGCGCUGCCGCUCUUUCUUCCAACUUCCUAUCUCCCGUGAUCGUAAUUCCUCCUGUCAAUACUAGCGUGGCAGCUGGAAGUAACGAAGUUGUACUGGAAUGUGUGGCCAAUGGCAGGCCUACUGAGAAAUUAAGCGUAGCUUGGAAGAGGAACGGAGUCAAAAUAACCAGUGGAGUUAGCAGUUUUGGGAGACGCCUGACUAUCGCCAGUCCAACCUCUGCUGACAUUGGAACGUACGUCUGCGAGGUGCAGUCGAGAGACAGCCCUGCGGAGCCGGAGAGAGCAAAGGCUUUCCUCUCUAUCCUGGAGCCACCCUAUUUUACUGCUGAACCAGAAAGCCGAAUUGUGGCUGAAGUGGAGAAGACGGUGGAGAUCCUGUGCCAGGUGAUGGGGGUCCCGCUUCCUUCUCUGGUAUGGUACAAGGACGCUGUCCCCGUUCUCAGACUACUGAAUCCUCGUUACAAAACCUUGGCCAACGGGAGUCUUCAGAUCCAGCAGCUACAGCCUGAUGAUUCUGGAAUCUUUCAGUGUGUCGCAAAGAAUGAAGCUGGAGAGAUUCUCAGCUAUACCUUCCUCGAUGUUACCAACAUUGCACCCACUUUUAUCUGGCCACCCGUGGACACUACGGUUACAGAAGGAAUGACUGCAGUUUUAAGAUGCGAAGUUUCAGGGGCUCCCAAACCUGCCAUUACGUGGAAACGGGGGAGCCAGAUUUUGGCCAGCGGGUCUGUUCAGAUCCCCCGGUUCAUCCUCCUCGAAUCUGGAGGCCUCCAGAUAACACCCGUCUUCCUUCAGGACGCUGGGAACUACACUUGCUGCGCGGUCAACUCGGAAGGAGACCUGGACGCUUCUGCCACACUCACUGUGUGGAAUCGCACUUGUAUUGUCCACCCUCCGGAGGACAGCACGGUUAUCAAAGGAACCACAGCGACACUGCAUUGUGAGGCUUCUCAUGAUCCCAGGAUUUCAAUCAGGUAUGUUUGGAAGAAGGACAACGUUGUCAUAAAUCCAUCUAGCAGCUCCCGAAUUGCCAUCGAGACAGACGGGACCCUCAUCAUCAGCCAGACGUGGUCCGGUGACAUCGGAGACUACACGUGUGAAGUCACUUCCUUUGGAGGAAACGAUUCCAGAGUGGCUCGAAUGGAAGUGAUUGAACUGCCUCACCCCCCUCAGAACCUUUUGGCCACCUUGAAUUCUUCCUUCAGCCGCAGCGUCAUCCUUUCCUGGGUGCGCCCCUUUGACGGAAACAGCCCCGUGCUUCACUACAUUGUAGAGCUCUCCGAGAACAACUCUCCAUGGAAGGUCCACCUGUCUGACAUUAACCCAAAGAUGACCAGCAUUACUGUGAGUGGAUUAACGCCAGCCCGCACUUACCAGUUCAGAGUGUGUGCCGUUAACCAAGUGGGCAAAGGCCAGUACAGCAGAGAAACCAGCAGGUUGAUGUUACCUGAAGAACCACCGAGUGCUCCACCAAAGAACAUUGUGGCCAGCGGACGGACCAAUCAGUCUAUCAUGGUCCAGUGGCAACCCCCUCCUGAAAGCGAACACAAUGGGGUUCUUCACGGAUAUAUCCUCCGGUACCGUCUGGCCGGCCUCCCUGGGGAGUACCAAUACAAGAACAUCACCAGCGCAGAGAUUAAUUACUGCUUGAUCCAAGACCUGAUCAUCUGGACUCAGUAUGAGAUCCAGGUAGCCUCGUACAAUGGAGCCGGCCUGGGAGCUUUCAGCAGAGCAGUCACAGAAUACACUUUGCAAGGAGUGCCUACAGCGCCGCCGCAGAAUGUCCAAGUGGAAGCUGUGAACUCCACCACCAUUCAGUUCCUGUGGAACCCUCCUCCACAACAGUUCAUCAACGGGAUCAAUCAGGGAUACAAGCUCCUGGCCUGGCCAAUUGAUGCGCCUGACGCAAUAACCACGGUCACCAUCACUCCUGAUUUCCACGGCGUUCACAGUGGCUACAUCACCAGCUUGAAGAAAUUCACCGCCUACUAUACCUCAAUCCUCUGCUUCACGACCCCAGGUGAUGGGCCAUGGAGUCCACCGCUGCUGCUGAAAACUCACGAAGACAGGCCGGGAGCCGUGGGGCACUUAAGCUUCACGGAGAUUCUGGACACUUCGCUCAAGGUCAGCUGGCAAGAACCUGUGGAGAAAAAUGGCAUCAUUACAGGUUACCAAAUCUCCUGGGAGGUAUACGGCAGGAAUGCAUCUCGCCUCGCUCGCGCUCUCACCAACACAACCCUCGAGUACAAAAUUACGGGCUUGUCAUCGCUCACCACCUACACGAUCGAGGUGGCAGCCAUGACUGCGAAAGGGACCGGCGCCGUCACUUCAUCCACCAUCUCAUCGGGCGUCCCCCCAGAGCUUCCUGGCAUGCCAUCCAAUUUAGUCAUCUCCAACAUCAGCCCUCGCUCUGCCACGCUUCAGUUCCGGCCUGGGUACGAUGGGAAAACAUCAGUCUCCAAGUGGAUAGUGGAGGGCCAGGUUGGCGUUAUAGGAGAGGAAGAGGAGUGGGUGACUCUGUGUGAGGUGGAGAAAGAGUCAGAUGCUCAGACGCUGGAGAUCCCAAACCUCACACCUUAUACAUAUUACAGGUUCAGGAUGAGGCAGGUGAACAUUGUUGGGCAGAGCCCCCUCAGCCAGCCAUCUCGCAUCAUCCAAACACUCCAGGCACCGCCAGAUGUUACACCAGGGAGCGUAACUGUUCGCACAGCCAGUGAGACCAGCUUAUGGGUCCGGUGGGUGCCGCUCCCCGAUACACAGUAUAACGGAAAUCCCGAAUCGGUGGGUUACCGGAUCAAAUACUGGCAUGUGGACUCACAGUCGCCCGCACUCGUAAAGGUAAUCAGCGACCGGCUGGAGAGGGAGCGCACGAUUGAGGAUCUGGAAGAGUGGACGGAAUACGAACUGCAGAUCCAAGCAUUCAACGCCAUCGGGGCAGGGCCGUGGAGCGAGGUGGUGCGGGGCUGCACUCGGGAAUCAGUUCCUUCAGCUCCGCCAGAGAACGUGUCGGCUGAAGCCGUGAGCUCAACUCAAAUCCUCCUGAGGUGGGCAGCGGUCCCGGAACCAGAGCAGAAUGGACUUAUUCUUGGCUACAAGGUUUUGUUUUGGGCUAAAGACGUGGAGAGCACAUUGAGCAGUCAGGUGGUGAGAGGGAACCACACCCUUUCCGUCCUUCUGGCUGGCCUGCGCAAGUAUGUGCUUUACGAGAUUCAAGUGCUGGCCUUCACUCGGAUUGGCGAUGGGGUCCCCAGCUCUCCUGCUGUCAUUGAGAGGACAAAAGACGAUGCCCCCGGCCCCCCUGUGAGGUUGGUGUUUCCCGAGGUGAGACUGACAUCUGUUCGCAUUGUUUGGCAGCCACCCGAAGAGCCCAAUGGGAUUAUUCUCGGAUAUCAAAUUGCAUACCGCUUGGCAAGCAGCAAUCCCAACAAAUUCAUCACAGUGGAGGUCGGCUCCACCGUCAGACAGUUCAUGGCCACCGAUCUCCUCCCUGAGUCUGCGUACAUCUUCCGAGCGUCUGCCAAGACCCGACAGGGCUGGGGUGAGCCCUUGGAAGCCACGGUCAUCACCACAGAGAAAAGAGAACGACCAGAACCUCCCAGAGAACUGAGAGUCCCGCAGUCAGAAGUGACAUCCAGGAGUUUGCAGCUCCACUGGCAUCCGGGAAGCGACGGCUCUUCUCCAAUCCGAUACUUCACCAUCCAAAUCAAGGAGCUGCCGGACGGCGGCUGGCAGACGUAUUCCUCUUCCCUCAGCCAUGAAGCUACCUCCUGCUUGAUUGACAGACUAAACCCAUUUACCUCCUACAAGCUACGUCUGAAAGCAACCAACGAUAUUGGAGACAGCGACUUUGGAGCGGAGACGGAAGCCGUAACGACUCUGCAAGAUGCUCCAAGUGAAGCGCCAAACUCUGUGUCGGCGACGCCACACACGACAUCUUCCGUCCUCGUGCGGUGGCAGCCUCCCAAGGCGGAGAACCUGAACGGUCUCUUGUUGGGGUAUCGCAUUUAUUACCGGGAGCUGGAAUACGAGAGCUCAGGACCGGAGUCCAAGACGAUUAAAAACCCUUCAGCUUUACGAGUGGAGCUUACACCCCAAAGCAGCUUCAAGACAGUGAACAGCAGCUCUGUAUUAACGGCAUAUGAAUUAACACAGCUGAAAAAAUACAAGAGAUAUGAAGUGGUCAUGACAGCGUACAACAUCGUCGGGGAGAGUCCUUCAAGUGCCCCCGUGGAGGUCUUUGUCGGCGAAGCAGCACCAGCGAUGCCCCCUCAGAACGUCCAGAUAAACGCUCUUUCCGCCAGUCAGCUGGAAGUCACUUGGGAACCGCCUCCUGUCGACAGUCAGAACGGGAACAUACAAGGCUACAAGGUCUGCUACUGGGAGGCGGACAGCCAGAACGAGACUGAAAAAGUGAAGGUCCUUUUCCUCCCGGAGACCAACAUCCGGCUAAAGAAUCUGACCAGUUACACCAAAUACCUGACUCGUAUCUCUGCAUUCAACGCAGCCGGCGACGGCCCAAAGAGCAGCCCCUCUCAAGGCAUGACUCACCAGGCCGCCCCCGGCGCUCCCAGCUUCCUGGCCUUCUCGGAAAUCACAUGCUCAACACUCAACGUGUCGUGGGGGGAACCGGCUGCAGCCAAUGGAAUCCUGCAGGGGUACCGCGUGAUCUAUGAGCCUCUAUCCCCAGUUCAGGGGGUGAGCAAAGUGGUGACGGUUGACAUCAAAGGGAACUGGCAGCACUGGCUGAAAAUCCGCGACCUCACCAAGGGAAUCACGUAUUUGUUCCACGUGCAAGCAAGGACCAUCACCUACGGCCCUGAGCUGCAAGCCAAUGUCACCGCGGGGCCAGUGGAGGGGUCGCCUGGUCCCCCUCAACACGUCUUGAUUUCAAAAACAUCCUCUGGCCUGACUAUCUACUGGAACGAGGGAAUUUCGGGGAACGCGCCCACCACUGGCUACGUCAUAGAAACCAGACCCUCAGACGAAGGGCUGUGGGACCUGUUUGCGAAGGACAUCCCUCGCAGCGCCACCUCCUACUCAGUCAGCCGGGACAGGCUGAAGCAAGGAGUCAGCUACGAAUUCCGGGUGGUGGCCGUGAACCGGUUUGGCUACGGAGAACCCAGCGCCCCCUCUGCAGUUGUAUCAGCUCAGCUAGACUCCCCUUUCUAUGAAGAGUGGUGGUUUCUGAUUGUCAUGAUCCUGUGCCUCCUCAUUCUCGUCCUUCUCGUGGUGUUCACGCUCAUCUUGCACAGCCAGACCAAAAAAUACAAAAACUGCAACACGGAGCCAGGGCAGGGCUUUUGCCUGCGUUCAUUCUGUCGCCGUUUGUCCCCAGGAAAAAAUGUCUCCAACAUGGAGGAGUCUGUCAACCUGGAUAACGGGGGCUUCACGGCCCUGGAGCUCAAUAGCCGGCACCUCAACGUCAAAAACACUUUCUCCAAGAAGAACGGGACGAGAUCCCCUCCUCGCCCGAGCCCCGGAGGAUUACACUAUUCUGACGAGGACAUCUGUAACAAGUAUAAUGGAGCAGUGCUGACGGAAAGCGUGGCCCUCAGUGAGAAGCCUUUGGAUGGGUCAGAAUCAGAGGCGACUGAUUCGGACUACGAAGAUGAACUGCCAAAGCACUCGUUCGUGGGCCAUUACAUGAGCGACCCCACCUACUACAACUCGUGGAAACGCCAGCCGAAAGGCGCCAAGCACCCGGUGCCGUACAGGUACGAGGAGUGCGUGGCGGGCGAGGCAGAGCCUUAUUUCCAGACUGUUGUCACGACACAGAGCUCGGGAGGGGUUUACACCCCGGCUGGGCAGGCCGCCCCAGGCUCACGGACUCCAGUGACAGGUUUCUCCUCUUUCGUCUGACACGAAGAGAACAACAACAGACGCACCACUAAGACAACCUGCCAAGCCGGGAACAGCCGCCACCGCCCAAUCCGAAGACUGUACGCUUGUUAGAUGCAGUGAACUGUGGCUAAAUUUCUCUUAUCAGGGUAGAAUGGAUGUAAAUGUGAAUGUGUAUUUUUCCCCCCAAGACAAUCAACUCUUUAAUCACACGGAGCGAACUGGGAGAACUUGCUUUUAUUUUAUUUUUUUCUACAAAAAAAAAGGAAGAAAAAAAACACACACCGCUCACGAACGCUCCGAGAACUGACACUUGUAACCGUUGGACCGUUGGCGGAAUAUGAUUUAAAGGAGUGUUUUUGUUCUUUUCUCUCUUUUUUUAAGACACGAAAAAUGCUUUUGUAACACUGAUUUGGAAAGCAGCUGUUAUUGGUUUUUUUUCCCCUGCCUCGCUUCUCCUUUUCCUUCCCGAGCGAGGAGACGAAUCCCACACCUGUGGAUAGGUAGUGCUGUUACGAUGCAAGCAGAGGCGAAAGAGGGCAUUCUCUCAAGAAGACCCUUCCCUCGCCAUUUCAUCCCCCUCAGAAGAAAAACACGAAGUGUGUGUCUGUGCCGGCGGGGGGGCAGGGGAGACGUUUAAAGAACGGUUGUCUAGCUCCAUUUCCCCUUCUCCUUGCUUCAUCUACCUUUCCACCACCAGCCGAAUCGCUUUGUCUGAACGUCCUGUCUCUCCUCACGCCUGCGAGGUUCACCACUGGUCGUUUUUGAUCAAACCAUCUCUUGCCUUCGUUUCUGUUCUGUUCCAGCGAAGCUUGUUGUGUUCCUUAAAAGAAAAAACAAUCCCCCCCACUCCGGGGGGUACCUGUAAGACGAGUCGGCUCAAAAGCGCUGUGGAUGGCGUUUGGGUUGAAGCAGUUGGGGGGCAUUUUGCUCUUAUCAAGCCUUCUCUGAGUCCUCCCUUUGUAGAUUGCAUGUGCCAAUGUCCAUUGUAAAUCCAAAAGAAACACACACACACACACAUCAACACACACGCUCACACAAGGCAGCCAAGCAAAAAGAGGGCCUUUUGAACAAACGUGACAUUUAGGAACUGGUGGGGGGGCCUCGCCGGUUGAACAUCCCUUAUUUGGUUUUCAAAGGUGUCCUUCCACACAGAAGAAACCAAUAAACCUCCCCCUGCCGCCACCACCUCCUCAUGUCCGCCACACUAUGCUGUUCUGCGGCUCCGGGGUUUUUGGUUUUUUUUAAAAAAUGUUCAUGUUGUUAACACCAAAACAGUUUGGUUUUUUUAAAAAAUGUAUAUUUUUAAUGAUUUCUUUUUUUUUAAAUACAAAGACACAUCAUACGCUG